CCUGGAUAUCACACAGGCCACAUGUUUGCGGUAGACAUUACUCAGUCCCCCUUGGGGCUGUUCUCUUUCUUCAUCAUAGUCUCAGCCAUUAAACUGACUGCCCUCAGUUGGCUGAGGAAGAAGAGGGGUGAGAUGUUUGAAUGUGUGGGCCGGGUGCAUGCUCUGUACACCUUCCCAGUCAAGUCAUGUGGAGCCAUUGAGUGCCAGGAAGCUGAAGCUACUCAGCUGGGAUUCAGUUACCGGGGACUUUUGGACAGACACUGGAUGGUGAUCAAAGAUGGGUACAUGUGCAACAUGAAAACUGAGACCCGGCUGAUGCUCAUCUCAACCACUCCACUUGGUAACGGGGACUUGCGGCUCGACGCGCCCAACAUGCCCAGCCUGGCGCUUUACAUGGCCGACUUUACCAAUGUUAUAUCAUGCAGAAUCUAUGGUGUCAACAUGGACGUCAUCGACUGCGGAGACGUGGCUGCCUCCUGGCUUAACACCUUCCUCGGCUACGACAACCUGCGUCUUUUCUCCUGGACUAAUAACAGCCGUGAGGGAGACAUGACAGCGUUCAGCUACAUGACGUCAUACUUGAUGACGUCAGCCAGUUCCCUCCAUGACCUGAACCAGCGUCUAGACUCCCAGAUUUCCAUGCUCAACUUUAGACCCAACAUCGCCAUCGAAGGGACACCACCGUUUGAUGAGGACAACUGGCUGGAGGUCAAGAUUGGAGACAAUGUCAUGAUGAGGGUGGUUGACGUGUGUCGAAGGUGUCCGAUCACCACCAUUGACCCCACGACAGGGAUAAAGGAUCCCGACAGACAACCUCUAACAAAGCUGAAAACAUACCGCUGCAUUCCCCUUACGGCAGCGCUCCAGUGUGGGAUUUACUGCGCCCUGGAGAUGGGCGGGAGGGUGCAGGUGGGAGACAGGGUGUACGUCAUGAGAGGUCACAGAAUCAAACAUCAGACCCUGUCCUUGUAGCAACAGUAGGGAUGGGGGCGUAAACGACGUCCCACGUGCAACAGAUACUUUAGUAUAUGCUUCUGUAAACAGAGGGUAUACACAAAAGGAGCAACCAAAAUACCUCCUCGAGUUCAACAUGUUUUACAUAUACCAUCACCACCAUCUUCAUAGAGAUCAUCACUGCUGAUAAGACGCCCCACAACCGCUGCAGAAACUCAUGGGUCACUGUGCGAUUCGGAAACAGUUUUCCCGUCCGUAGUUUGGCACUUCGUUAGAGCUCCAUCUGCAUCGCCUCAAUCAGCAGCAGCAACAUCACCGUCGUCAUGAUCCAUCGCAUUUACAAGAAGGGAAGACGGAACCUGGAUUUUAAACCCAUACUAUUUAAACAAGGCGUGUUUCAUUUCCACCUCCUACUCUCAGUGUUUAGUUCAUCCAUUCAGAUAUUGUCUGGAUCAAAGAGUUACAAGAAGUGAUCAUAAUGACCAGUACCCGGAUUUAACAAAUCUUUAUUACCAAUUAAGAGACACUAAACCUUCGUGGUUCUGUUUCAAUAGUUAAUGGCGACAUUUAUCAGGGUUGUACAAAAGUGUGAGUAAACUAUGAUGAAGUGAU